AUGACGACGAUUCGGAUCGCAGAUGAUGCACAUCAGGGUAGUGAAAGUCGUUUGAAUGGUGAAGGCGCCAUCCCAAGGACGACAUCCAACCUGCAACCGGGCAUCAACGAAGACGAUGAUAAUAUCUACAAUAUUCGCUCCCAGGCUAGGCUGCCUGUUCGGAUGAGUCAUACAUCUACAGGGCAAGAGCAGGCAGACGAAAAUCCUAGUCUAAGGCUACCUGGCGACUUCAAACAAAAGCAGAGCUUCAAGGGGAGGGUACUUCUGUGGCUGGCUUACCAGUCAAUUGGCGUCAUCUAUGGGGACAUUGGAACCAGUCCCCUAUAUGUAUUCUCAUCCACGUUCAGCUCAGAACCAUCACGACAGGACCUUGUCGGGGUACUUUCCAUAAUAAUCUGGAGCCUAUCUAUGAUGGUGACGGUGAAAUACGUACUUGUUAUUCUUCAUGCGGACAACGAUGGCGAAGGAGGUACUUUCAGUACAUAUGCUCUUCUGAGUCGUUAUAUGAACAUAACUCACCGUGAUCCAAGAGAGGCCUCUCUGGUUCGAAUGAAACGAUACAUGUCGAGUGAACUCGCAGGUGCCGGUCAAAAGCUGCGACGCCGCAUUGAAUCUAGCAAGGUCACCAGGAAAAUAUUGCAAGUCACAGGAGUGCUGGCCGUGACGAUGGUGCUUUCAGAUGGCCUUCUUACCCCCGCACAAUCUGUAUUGGGGGCUGUGCAAGGGAUUGAAGUCGUUCAGCCUAAGAUAUCCAAAGGUACUGUGAUUGGUGUUACUGACGCUAUUUUGGUCGGUUUAUUCUUCAUUCAGCCGCUUGGAAUCACAAGGAUUUCGUUUGCCUUCUCGCCAAUCAUCAUAAUCUGGCUCGGCUUCAAUGCAGCUUUCGGGAUCUAUAAUCUUGUCAAGUAUGAUGCGAGUGUUUUUGAAGCUUUUAACCCAGGUCUUGGAUUUGAGUUCUUAAUCCGCAACGGUGAAAAGGGGUGGAGAAUGCUCGGUGGAGUUCUCCUCGCAUUUACUGGAGUUGAGGCUCUUUUUGCAGACCUAGGAGCCUUCAGCAGACAUGCUAUCCAGAUCAGCUGGCUAUGUUACACGUUCCCAUGCCUUCUACUGGCCUAUAUAGGACAAGCAGCAUAUAUCAGUGUCCACCCUGAGGCCUAUUCGAAUCCCUUUUUCAACGCUGCGCCCCCUGGUACAGUCUAUCCAGCCCUAGUGAUCGCAAUCCUUGCUGCCAUUGUUGCCUCACAAGCCAUCAUAACCGCGACUUUCCAGUGUAAGGUUGUGCAUACGUCUCGACUAUUCUAUGGGCAGCUUUUCAUUCCUCUAGCAAACUGGCUGCUGAUGAUUGGAACCAUUUUGGUUGCGUCAAUCUACAAUAAUACUAAAUCACUUGGAAAUGCAUACGGUGUCUGUGUCAUGUUUGUGACAUUUUUCGACACAUGUAUGGUCUCAUUGGCUGCUAUGUUCGUGUGGCGAAUCAGCCCGUACUUUGUCUUUUUCCCAUGGCUCAUAAUCGCGUGCUUGGAUGGGACCUAUCUAUCUUCCGCUCUUACCAAAGUCCCUUCUGGUGCCUGGUUCACAAUCACGCUUGCCUCGGUGCUCGCAACUUGUUUUCUUUUGUGGCGAUAUGGCAAAGAACAACAAUGGUUGGCUGAAGCCGAAGACCGAUUCCCUACGUCACACUUCGUGGCACAUGUGCCAGACGGUGAAAUGCACCUCACUGACAAAUAUGGUGGUGAUCCUAUCAAGACUAGCCGCGGCCUAGGAAUAUUUUUCGACAAAGCUGGUGAAACCACUCCCAUAGUAUUUAGCCAAUUUGUCCUCAAGCUCAAUUCAAUACCGGAAGUUGCAGUGUUCUUUCAUCUACGGCCCCUCGAAACGCCCUCUGUGGCUCCAGAGAACCGGCAUUCUGUUUCUCGCCUUGCCAUUCCGAAUUGCUAUCGGUUGGUUGUUCGAUAUGGUUACAAUGACGAAAUAAUCACUCCAAAUCUCGCAAGUAUCAUUGUUGAACAAAUCCGGCGGUAUCUGAUUUUGGAGGAGAGGCCGCAGCCAGAUCGCUUGCCUUUGUCGCCUGUCGAGGCCGUUGUCAAUGAGAGCUGCAGCUGCCCAUCCAUAGAGGAUAGUCGCACAAGAAGCCCAACAACUGAGAAAGACGAAGACAGUGGAAGGCAGGACAGCGAUAGACUUGCCAGACUGGAGGAGGCGUAUACUCACAAAGUUCUUUAUAUCAUUGGUAAAGAAGAGAUGAAGAUUAAGACUGGCGCUUCGAUCUUUAGGAAAGUGACUCUUUGCCUCUUUCUAUGGAUUAAGGAUAACACACGCAACAAAAUGGCGAAUCUUGGGGUACCAACGGAUAAGGUGAUUGAGGUGGGAUUCUUGAAAGAGAUAUAA